CCUCUGGGGUCUGCGGGACGAGGGAGGAGCCGCGAUCGGGCGCGCAAUUGUCGGCCGUUCACUACUUCCCCGGGAUGUAAACAAGAGCUGGGCCGGAGCUCGCGAACCCCCGUCCCGGGGUCCGAUCUCUGGUCCCUGGCUCCGCGCGGGCCUUGAUACCAUCUCACGCUAACCACAGACACUGAUGGGGUCUCCUUGCAGCCACUUGCCCGUGUCUGACAUCACCGAGGAGGCCUGUCGGGAAGCUGCCGUGUAUCUGAGUGCCGGGAUCGAUGGACUAAUAGUGGAAAAUAUGCAUGAUCUUCCUUACACAAUGACCAUCGGUCCAGAAGUGACAGCUACAAUGUCAGCUGUUUGUACUGCUGUAAGACAAUCCUGUCCCAAUCUUCUCCUGGGUGUCCAGAUCCUUUCUGCGGCCAACCAUCAAGCAAUGGCAGUUGCUCUUGCUGCUGGUUUCAAUUUUAUCCGAGUUGAGGGAUUUGUGUUCUCGCAUAUUGCAGAUGAAGGUCUUCUAAAUGCAUGUGCUGGUGACCUUUUGAGGUACCGCAAACAAAUAGGAGCUGAGCACAUUCAAGUUUUUACUGACAUCAAAAAAAAGCACAGCUCACACGCUGUGACAUCAGAUAUCAGCCUCCCCGAGACUGCCAAGGCUGCUGAGUUCUUCCUGAGCGAUGGUGUCGUCCUGACGGGAACAGCCACUGGAAUGCAGGCAGACCCUGAGGAGCUAAAAGAGGUUAAACAGGCUGUAAGAAUUCCAGUUCUCAUUGGCUCUGGUGUGACCCAUGAAAAUCUGGAGCACUACACGGAUGCAAGUGCUUUGAUAAUUGGGUCCCAUUUCAAAAAAGGAGGAUACUGGGCUAAUGAGGUGGAUUCUGAAAGGAUAAAGAAGUUUAUGGAGAAGAUGCAUCACCUGAGAGCAUAAAACUUCAGCACUUAUUGUUGUAGCAUAUAACCCAAUGUAAUCCAUUUCAAGUGAUGAACAGACUUAGCACCAGUGUUAGUGUGGGCACAGAUUUUCACUUAAUGCUUAUGAGGUUCUGAAUUUUGAUGCUUUGAUGUGAUGUGAUUGUUCUUUUAACUUAAACUAUAAUGUAUGUAAGCAGUGUAUAUAAUUCUCAUAUUUGUACUUAAAGACUGCUUUUGAUCAGACACAAUGAGUUGGAUUAAAUGCUGAUACCUAAGAGUCAAAGGUAUAAGUAUAAAUCGUGAAACUGUAUGUAGCCAAUCCAACAAUUGAACAGUUGAUGUAAAUAAUUAUCACCCGAUCUAUGAUGUGAUUUAUUGCAUUUAGAAAGCUAAAAAAAAAUUUGCCCUCAAUAAAGAAGUCAUACCCUUAA